AAUUUUGAUCCUAGGGUUUCUUUGCUCAUUGCAAAUUACACUAUCAGAAGCAAUCAAUCAGCCGAGCUCGAAACUCUGCCACCAUGGGUCGUAUGCACAGCCGAGGUAAGGGUAUUUCCGCAUCCGCUUUGCCUUACAGGAGAACUCCUCCUAGUUGGUUGAAGAUCUCUUCUCAAGAUGUUGAGGAGAACAUUUGCAAGUUUGCAAAGAAGGGUUUGACUCCAUCUCAAAUUGGUGUCAUUCUCCGUGAUUCUCAUGGCAUUGCUCAGGUGAAGAGUGUUACUGGCAGCAAGAUUUUGCGAAUAUUGAAAGCCCAUGGUCUUGCUCCAGAAAUCCCUGAGGAUCUGUACCACCUGAUUAAGAAAGCGGUAGCCAUCAGAAAGCACCUCGAGCGGAACAGGAAAGACAAGGAUUCCAAGUUUAGGUUAAUCUUGGUUGAGAGCAGAAUUCACCGUCUUGCCCGUUAUUACAAAAAGACAAAGAAGCUACCACCAGUGUGGAAAUAUGAAUCUACCACUGCCAGCACUCUUGUGGCUUAGAGGUGGCACAGUUUGAACCAUCUUCCAAGCGCUGCAGUUGACAUUCUCCUUGAUGCAGGGCUAAACUUUUGGUAUUUAUGCUUUUAAAAUUUAAAGAACUAGUUCAUUUGUGGUUUGAAAAUGAGAUACUUGGGAGGCAAAAUAUUUUGUUUAGUGUGUCAGAAUUGUGUUUAGUUUUUUUCCUUCAAGUUGAAAUGUUUUAUUUUUGGUGUUUUUAAUCUUGUCGUUUAUUUGCUUUUAAGAUCUAGGGACGUACCAAGCUUAGCUGGACUCAAGCUGUGAAAGGCUUGAGCUUGUGAUUGACUCGAAAUUCGAAAUUUGGGUUGAAGUCAAUCUAGUUUCACUUUUUAACUAGAGAGUAAAAA